UCCCAUCCCCUUGCAUGAGCUGUGAACCCUGUGAUUCUCUCUUCCGCUCCAUCUUUCUUUUCCUUCCUUUUGAUGUAAAAGCAAAAGAUAAAGCAAAAGAAAGAGAAAGAAAUUCAGAAAACAUGCCCCUUCCUCUUUCUUCUUCUUCCUCCCUUGAACGCCUAACUGCUUUUGGCAGCCCUGUGACCUCUCCCCAAAACCACCCACCCACCAUCCUCCUUCUGUAUCGGCCUCUCCAUCCCAAAUGUCUUUCAUCUUCCUUCCUAAUAAGCCAGCUUCUGUUAAGCGCCCCUUUUCAACAGUUUGUCUUCCUAUCAUUCUCAUAUUCGUUCAUUGUUUGAUACAGAAUGGCGUUUCUCAAUCCACUCUGUGCAGAAAAGAGUGUGGCGAUCUGCCCAUUAACUAUCCUUUUGGUAUAGACGAUGGCUGUGGCAAUCCUUACUUCAGAAACAUUCUUGUGUGCACCAACAACGCAAAACUCGAAUUGCGAACACCUUCUGGCACAUAUACGGUGACGAACAUCAGCUACUCCGAUCCCCACAUUGUGAUCUCCAACCCAUUUAUGUGGACUUGCUUGAACAGCAAUAGCUCCCCGAGCAGGCCCUUUAGUCUCGACUCCAGCACCCCUUUCUCGCUCUCCCCGUUGAACAACUUCCUCUUCUUCAACUGCAGUGAUGCUGUUAUAGCUCGACCUCGGCCGAGUUUCUGUGAGCGGAAUCCGGACCUCUGCGACUCUGCGUGUGACAGCUCCAGCUAUCUCUGUCGCAAUUUGCCGGGAUGUCCCUCUGUUCUUGAGCAGAGCCAUUGCUGUUCCUACUACCCCACAGCGUCCGAGUCUCUGCGUUUAAUGCUGGCCGAGUGCGCUUCAUAUACCAGUAUUUAUUGGAGAUUUGUUGGAGCUGCCCCUCCCUAUAAUCAGGUUGCUGAUUACGGAAUUCGGGUUGAUUAUGACAUACCUGUGACUACCCACUGCUUCCAGUGUCAGGAGCCGGCAAAAGGCAAUGGUGUCUGCGGUUUUGAUGUUCAGUCCAGGCAGUUCUUGUGCCUCUGCGAUGGAAGAAAUAGCAGCACAUAUUGCAAUGAUUAUACUCUCUCUAAUCCUAGAGUGGGAAUCAUUGCAGGAACUGUAGCUUCUGUUUCAGCUAGUGGAGUGAUAAUAGGAGUGGUUGUAUGGUAUUUCAAGAAAGUAAAACCAAAUAGACCAGUGGCAUGUGGAGUUCAGAGCAACGUAAAUAGGCUUUUCUAGAUACUGCUAGUGGUCAAACAUUUGUAAAGAUCAGACGAAUUUCACACAGCAGAGGUUUGUUGAAGCUGUAGAGUGCCAUUCGAUUUUACAUCAUUACAGCAAUAAGCUAAGCAUUUUGGUGCAUCAAAGCUAUCAGAACAUAUAUGUCAGUGAAGGGUCAUUCCUAAUUUUGCAGGCUUAGAGUGGGAUCUCUCUCUCUGUGUUCAACUUUUUUCCUUUAGCAGCAUGUUUUACUCCGAACUUCUUUUAGUAUAGUUUGCCUGUGCUCCCUCUUGGAAUACCACAGAUAAUUUUGAUAUUGUCAAGGGAUCAUCUCCAGCAUCAGGGUGACGUUUCUUCUCUUAAAGUCAAAUUGCACUCUUGAUUUUGUGUACUUCUGUGGUACUUUUUGUAUAGAAAUUGUUGCAUUUUUUUCCUA